AUGAGCAGAGAUAUUCUCAUUCCUCUUGAAGAUGAAGAAUUAAACAAUACUAGAUUUUAUAGGCACAAUAUUUAUGAACAUUUGUUUGAUGGCAAAGUAGGUGCUCCAGUUCGUAAAAAAUUACAAAACGGUGCCAAAGUACUAGAAUUUUGUUGUGAGAGCGGAGUUUGGACUACAGAGGUUGCUGCAGAAUAUCCAAAUUCAGAAUUUUAUGCAGUUAGUUCUGUUCAACCAGAAUCUAUCAAUAAAUUUAAUAAUAUCACAUUUAUUGAAUGUGACAUUUUUAAAAGGUUACCAUUCCCUGAUAAUGAAUUUGAUUAUGUUUUUUCUAAAGAUAAAUUUUUAUAUAUGGAAAAAAAUAAAUUUCAAGAAGUUUUAUUAGAGAUCUUCAGAGUAUUAAAACCUGGAAGUUGGUUAGAGGUUAUAUAUUCAUGUACAACGGACCUUGUUUAUGGGCCAUCAUAUAAACGACUAUCUGACGCAAUGGAUUCUUGGUACAAGGUACAGAAUAUCGAUCUAGAAAUAAUACAUAACUUUGAAAAUUACCUUAAAAAGAGUGGAAAAACUGAAGAUAUAUUGUGUCGAACAAUAGACACUCAGUUAAAAGGUGGAUAUGCCUUUGGAGAGUUUAUUAUUGAAAUUCUUUUAUUUUUUUAUAGAAGUUCUAGAGGUUAUUUAGCUCCUUUUAUGAACAUUUCAUUUGAAGAAUUUGAUAACUUGGUGAAUGAUGCUGAAAGUGAACUCAAUUCUGAAGAUAAUAAAACAACUUUAAGACAUAUACAAGUACUUGCAAGAAAGAAGUACACCAUUCUGGAUAGAAUUUUAUGCACCAUAUCAUGUAUUAACUAA